AUAGUGCUAUGGAUUUUACGACGAAUGCAUUAACAAAUAUGGCAAUGCGAAUCCCUGGCAUCAUUGCUGCAAAGUGUUUGAUUUAUUCACUAUUGCUGCUCUGGUCGAAGAAUCCGUCUUGUGUGUUCACGGUGGCCUUUCUCCAGAAAUAAAAACUCUGGAUCAGUUGCGUACUAUCGAGCGCAAUAUGGAGGUUCCGCAUACUGGUCCGCUUUGCGACAUUCUGUGGUCUGAUCCCGAUGAUGUUCCCCAGUGGACUGUUAGUCCUCGUGGUGCGGGGUACUUGUUCGGAGCCAAGGUUACCCAAAAGUUUGUGGAUCUCAAUGGAAUUCAAGUGAUUUGCCGGGCGCAUCAGUUAGUUCACGAGGGAUACAAGGUUAUGUUCGAUAACCGUCUGAUCACCGUAUGGUCUGCUCCUAACUAUUGUUACCGGUGCGGAAAUGUUGCUGCUAUCCUGGAAUUCCAUGCCCCUUCACUUUACGAACCGAAGCUUUUUGCUGCGGUUCCUGACGCGGAACGUGUCAAACCCCCAUUGCGAAUUACACCCUACUUUUUGUGA